AUGGUGGGUAUUGAUAAUGAAAGAAGCAGAGGGAACCUUAAUUGUGGAUUUUUACAAAUGAAAUCAUCGGCUCAUUGCAUGAGGUUGCAUGAAGUGGACUGGGACGGAUAUGAAAUAGAACCGUUUACAACCAAAUUCGAAAUUACUGUCGACCUUGGAAUUUUGGGUAAAGCAAAGGUGUCUCCUUUCACAAAGGUGGCCACAUUAAACUCGGGAGGAAGCGUAGCUCUCAAUGGAGAUUUUUCGCAAUACAAAGCGUUACCCACUUUUGAGUCCAAGAUGCUUUUCGUGCCAGCAUAUCCGAAGAACCAUCCAAUUGUUCUCGAAGGGUCAAAGAACUGGAUGCUGGUUGAUAAAAAUAUGGUAACAAUGAGUGGCUCGGAGUGUGAUAAAAUCGGAGUUAGUUUUUCUGCGUUCAGGAAUCAACCAAAUGCUUGUUCUCAGUUGCCGUUAUCUUGCCUUGGUAACCAACUUGAAGAUUUAAGACAAACAGACAUUGCACUUAUGAAGGAAGGGUCAAGAUCUGGAAAAUAUAUAAUAUCAAACUUUGGGUCCUUUUUGAUGAAUUCAACAGGAGCCCAGAAAACCUUAAUCAUGGAUACAUCAGAAGAUACAAACUCAGUUCUGACAAUUUUUGUAAACGCUGCCAGUGUACAGUUCCUAUCUCAAAAAAGUGCAGGUCAUAUUGUGUCCGCUUUUGUUAAGCCAUUUGUAGCCAUGUCAAAGGAAGGGGAGAUGCAAAUAACUGUGUCAAACACUGGCACAAGUGAGUGUUCUUACAUUAUUACUAUUACAGAUUGUAGUGAAAAUAUUUUACCUAUCUUGCAACAAAGGGUUGUCAUCACACCAGCCGAAACAGUGACAGAACACUUUGAAAUAAGAACGUCACACGAAUUUGCAACAUCCAACAGAUGUAAAGUGACCUUGUUGUAUUCUGAUGGAGAAAAAAUUCAAGACAUUAUUGUGGUGUUUGAUUCUAAGGACUAUGCGUUUGAGAAAGCUAUUGAUGGAUCGAUUGAUCAGACAGGAAAAGUGAAUAUAGAAGGUGAUCACUCAAAUAGUCAAUGCAAAUGCAAUUCUCCCUUUGAUGUCAUUUGCAUUGUCCUACACAGUUGCAUUGAUUACAUCAUUGGAUGGGUUGCUGCCAUUGUUGGUAUUAUCACCAUUCCAAUCAUUUUUGUUUUCAUGUGGCGUUGUGGUCUCUUUGGUCUUCUCUUCCAAUCGUGUAAAUGUUGUGCGUGUUGUUGCUCUCUACUUCCAAGAGGUAUUAUGAAAUGCUUAAUUGGACCUUACAAGAAGAAGAAACAUCGAAGGAAAUCUAAAAAGUCUAAAAAGAAGAGAAACUCUUCAGAGAAUAGUGAAAGAAAGUCCAAGAAAAAGAAGAAGCAACGAAAGAAUAGAUAUAGAAAUUCGAUGAGAAUGAAUGAUUCAUUACCUUAUCAUCCUUCUUCGUAUGUCAUGAUGAAUCCGCAAUCAAUGGCAAGAUAUUUCAAACCAAGUCCAUCCUAUGAAAUGAAAGAAAUUGAAUAUGAGCCUGUGGCUAGAUAUUACAAGUAA